AUGACAACGGGCUCUAUAUCACCAAACGAUUUAUCCGCCCGCCACGCAGUACAGUCAAUUCAGACAAUGUGUUCUUUGACUGAAACGGAAGAAGAUGAUCUUGAGCAUUCACAAUACUCAGAGUGCAAUAGAGUGUCGGAUGAAUACAGACCUAACAAUCCAGAUUUUAUCUACGACCAAGAUGACGAAGAUCCGGAUUUUGACCCUAGCAUGCCCAAUUGCGAUACGGAUACUAAGGAUCCUAUCGCUGAUGCCCACAACAUCAAAGGUCAUCAUGCGAAGUACGAAACGAAGUGUCCGAAGGCUUUAACAGACCAGAUCUGGAGAAACAAGCUGCGGGAGAUGUCGGCAGAAGAACUCGGGUCCCCCAAGCGAAAAUGGACAACGGAGAGACAGGCCAACGACACAGAAUCCAUUAUAUAUAACGGAGAGGCAGACUGGGCAUUCACCACUCAAGGAAUCGCAUAUACCGCAGGCCAACGACACAGAAGUUCUAACCAGGUCAUUCAAAUCAGAGAUGUACAGGCAUCCCAGUUUUGCAUCAAGGAUUUAGCUACACUUGACACAACAGUAAGCAUAACUGGUGAUAAAGAACUCGAGCCAACAGACAGAAUAGUCGUUGGAGAGUGUCUGUUAAGACCAGCCUCGGACAUGCUGAGCAACAGAGAAAAGAAAAAGCCAAUCGCAACUGAUCUUGACAAGUUCGACUACAGCGUACAUCGAUGCCUGGGAACGAAAGACACUGCAUUAAUUGUGGCAAAGAUCGAUGCUAAGCAGCUUAAUCUCUAUCAGUUAACCAAUAAGGUGGACAGGCUCUGAGAUAUCCAGCAGUUGGGAAGAAACAGCAAGUCGGGUCUCCGAAACUCUAUGGUCUGGUACAAAGAGUUUGUCAACACCCCUCGAAUUGAGAAAGCUUCGGACCAAUACGAAAGUAUUCGAAGUAAAGUACGGGCUUAUAUCACAACAUUCAUUAAAUGCCCUACUUU